AUGUCUCGCAGCGGCACCACCCUCUAUGUCACCGGUUUUGGCCACGGUACUCGUGCACGAGAACUUGCGUACGAAUUCGAACGGUAUGGUCGACUUGUUCGUUGUGAUAUUCCGGCACCUCGAACUGCUGCUAGCCGCCUCUUCGCCUUUGUUGAGUAUGAAAGUCGACGUGAUGCAGAUGAUGCAUAUCAUGAAAUGCACAACAAACGAAUUGGUCGCGAUGAUGUUUUGAAGAUUGAGUGGGCCCGUACUCCCCCAUCUGCUUCAUGGCGAUUCGAUUCUGGCCGUGAUCGCCGCCGCGACCGCUCCCCACCUCGCCGCAUGCGAUCCCCUUCACCUCGCCGCAGCCGUGGAGAUUAUUCCCCACGUAAAGAUGAUCGUCGCGACCGUGACUACGACCGUCGAGACCGCGAUCGAUCUCGUAGCCCAGAUGAUCGCGAGCGUGAGCGUGAUCGCGAAAGGGAUCGGGAUCGGGAUCGGGAUGACCGUGAUAGGCGAGAUGAGGAUCGCGAGAACGGAACUAAUAACGAUGACAGGAAAGUUCCCUUGGAUUCUCCCACCCCUGCUCAUGAUGAGCUAGAUACUGCUGAGUAG